UAGUGUGUCGAGUGUACUGUCAUAAUGUAUGUCGUGUAGUGGUAUACGUUGUGUACAGUAGUACGCUUUGUUUACUUUUAAACAAUAUGGAUAUACAAUUUGUUAAUACUCGAAGAAAAAUAUUAAAUCAUGUUAUUUGCAGUAUUUUAGUAGAAUGUGGUUAUGACACUUGUGAGAAACAAGCAUUAGAAACUCUUACAGAGAUGCUUCAGUCUUUUAUUGUGGAAGUUGGGGAAUCUGCAAGAAAUUAUUGCGAACUUUCUGGGAGAACGGAACCGCUAAUCGCGGAUGUUAUAUUGGGGUUAAUAAACAUGGGUAUAAAAUUGGAUAAUUUAGAAAAUUAUGGGAAAAGGACAAAUAGAACAGUUUUACCUCCGUUACAACAACAAACCCAGUCAAAACAAUUAAAUAUUUUACAGGCUGGUGUAAAACAAAGUCAUCCUUCGCAUAUACCAAGUUAUUUACCAGCUUUCCCAGAUCCACAUGCAUAUAUCAGAACACCAACACAUAAACAACCAGUAACUGAAUAUGAAGCAAUACGAGAAAAAGCUGCUACACAAAAACGAGAUAUUGAAAGAGCUUUAACAAGAUUCAUUGCAAAAACAGGGGAAACGCAUAGCUUAUUUUUGACAGAUGAUAAUAGUAUGUUUCCAUUAAUUGCUUGUAAACCACAAUUUCCUAGUUAUCUCUCAGCACUUUUACCUCAAGAUCAAAUAUUUGAAACAGAUCAAGACUUUCAAUUUGAACCAACUCCUGUUAAGAAGAAAAAAGAACAGAAAACUGAAGAAACAGAGGAAGGUGUUAAUGUACCAAGCGAAGAUACAGAACAGACAAAUGAAAUUACUGCUCAGCAAGAUGGUAUAGAUAAUCCUUACUUACGUCCUGGAAAAAUACCUAAAAAUAAAAUACCAGGUGUUAUGGUCCCUUCACAGCAUUCUAUAAAAAGAGACUCUUUUAUUGAUACUUAGCAAUUUUACAAAUAUCACAGAACUAUAAUAUUACUAUUAAUAGACGACAAUAUGUUUCCCGAAAUAUUAAUAUUUUAAUAAAAUUAUUUAUAAAUAGAAUUAUAAAUGUAUGUGUGUGUGCGCGCGCGCGCACGCGCGUGUGUAGAUAGGUAAAGGUAUCUUAUACAAAGAAACAUUUAUAUUUAAAUUACGUAAUACAAAUUAUUUUAUUAUACACAAAACUACAUGAAGUUAUUGUAAAAUAUAUUUGUUAAAUUCGAUAAAUAUAAAUCUAUUAAUUAUAAUUAUCCAAAUUUGUAUGAUAGGCCUGUUUUAAUAUAUGUGCCCCUUACUACAUCAUUUAUUAGUAUAUAUAGAGUAAAGUCUUGAUUAUUUAGAUUAAAUAUAAUUAUUAAAUUGCACAAUUAUUUCAUAAUCAAGAUUUUACUGAAAUAGCUUCUUAUAUUUGGUACGAUACUGCUUAGAAUUGUUACUUUGUAUUGUAGGCCACUACAAUAUUGCACAUGUUAGCACCAGUUGAACAAGAUUAAUGAAAUUACUAUAUAGCUAUGGAGGACUUACAUGAAUAGCGUAUAUUUUUGUACAAAAAUAUAAUUUCUUAUUGCUCUAAUGUAGUUAUGCGUAUUCUCUAUUCUGGUAUACACCAACAUAAUAUAUAUAUAUACAAAUAGCAUCUAAUACAAAUUUCGCAUAAUAUGUAAUUUGCAAAAAUAUAUUGUAGUACUCUAAUUCUUUUUAUUUAUGCAAUCUGUAUUAUGAAAAAAUUGACACUAUUUUUUUCAGUAAAAAUCGUGAUGUGAAAUUCUAUAAUAAAAUAUUCGUCCCCCAGGAACAAAUAACUAAUGUAGAUAUUAAAGUACUAAAAUAAAAUAUUUUUUUUCUUCUAUGAAGCAUAUAGUAUCAUAUAGAAAGAAGUCUAUCUAAAUAAUGUUAUAUUCUCGUUAAAAAGAAAUUGUUAAAUUCGAUAUAAAAACCUUCAUAGCACUUUAGUGUUUCUGGUCUUGUACUUAUAUAUAUACUUUCAUUUUAAUAUUGGUACCAUGGUUGACGACGUACCCAUCGUAAUUUCAUACCAGAAGCAGUACGAAUCUUUAUACUUGCACAUUCUGCAGCACGUACAGUUUCUUUGACACUCUGCAUAAGAUUUUGAGCAUUUCCAACAAGCAUAUCAGUUGCCUCCUGAUCUUCUUCCGUACCUGUUUUAUAUCAUAAUAUAGAUUAAUAUAUCAUAAAAUAAUAAAAUGAUUAUUAAACAGAAAAAUUUGUCUAUAAGUAUUAAUUGGAUUAUUUCAUAAACAUAGUUUUUAAAUAUUACUAGUAAAUUAUGUGUUCAUCAAAUAUAGAUUACACUAAAAUAGGAUGAAGUGCUCUAAAUAUUGGGGAGACAUGCACUUUUAUAAAGUACAUAAUAAUAAAAAACUAUAAUAAUAUUAAGAAUAUGAAAAAAAAUAUAAUAUAAUCAGUCUAAAAUACUGAAAAUCUCUACAUCUUAAUAUACAUGUUUAAAUAUGUAUAUAAAAUACUGUAUUAAUAUGUAACAACAUUAUUUUAUAUAUAUAUCUAUAAAGAAUAAUCAUAUUAGCUAUUGCAGUUACAUAUUCCAAUUAUAAGAAUAAACUUACUGCACCCAAUUAAUUCAUCUACACCAUGGAGAAUAGAGUCAUGUCAAUGGCAUAGCAUUAAACAUUUUGAGUAACACACGAAAAUAUAAUUAGUUUACAAAUCAAAAAUAUAUAACAUAUUGAUUAUUUUCAUUGCAUCCAUUUAAUUCUUGUAUUAUAAUAAUAUUGUUUUAUGAUUUCAGAUCUUUCUAAAUCUAUACUUCCAGUCAGUACUAAUGCAAUAUUAAACAUAACAUUGCAAAUUUGUGUGUCUGCGUUUUAAAAGAUGCUAAAUUUGCAUGCAUUUUGACGAGAUAAUUGCAAAUAGUAAAAUAUGUAAAAAUUAAAGAAGAUAAAAAGUGACGAAAAGAGCAAGAGAAAAAGGUGAUAUAUAACAUCAAGCAUAACUUAUUAAUUCUUUUACCAUAAAGCAUCAAUUCUUCCCAGCUAGGGAGCAUCUCUAUGCAUAAAGAAUUUCAUUUUUUUGUUAAUAAAAAUUGCUAUUAAUAUAUGUAAAUAAUUUUCUUACAGAAACAUUUGUGUUCUCAUCGAAAUAUGUAAAAAUCAUUAUUAAUAAUUAGUUUUAUUGUAUGAAAUUCUUGGUAUUUUAAAGAAAUAUGAAGAAUAUUUUAAUAUUUUUGUACAAGGAAAAGAUUUUAAAAGACAUACCUUGUGCUCCAAGCAUUGUAGCUUUUACUGUAGAUAAAAUUUUUAAUUGUGUUCCAAUAGUUGGUAUACGUUCACAAACUUGAAGUAAAUUCUAAAAAGAAAACAAUAAAUACAAGAAAUUAUUUUUUUAUAAAUCUUAUUUAGAUUAAAGAAAUAAACAAAAUUACAACAUACCGUACGAAUUCGUUUAUCAGUACAUUCUCUAGCAAGUUCUUUUGCAAGACGUGUUACUUCCUGAGAAGCUUCGGCUAUAGCUUUAGCACAAGCUAUAAGAUCUCUCUUAUUUCCACCUUCUCCUCUAACUAAACCAGAUAAUUUACCCAUCAAGACAGCCAUUUUUUUAGCUGCUGCAAUAAUUUCAUUAUCUUUGCUUGACCACUGUCGUACUUCUUGAUGUAAACCAUGUGCAGCCAUCUAUAAUCAGCAUUUCUUAAUUGCAAUUAUUCUUAUUUACAAAAAAUUUUUUAUUAUAUGAAACAAUUGAGUAUGUACCAUUAUUGGUUGAUUUGGUUGAGGUGCAUGCAUGAACAUUUCGUCUUCGUCAUCCGUUUCUGGAGGUGGAGGUCUUGGUGGUGGAAUAUCACCACCAGGUAAUGGUGGACGUGGUGGUGCAACUUCUGUUAGAAAUGACAAUUUGUUUGUAAUAAAAUUUUAUAACAAUAAUUAUGUUUAUUUGCAAUAUCAUAAAUAAUUUUAUUGCAGAAUAAAACGUUAAAUAAUUUAUAUGCAAAUAAUUUAUGUUUAUAGAAAAUAAAAUAAAAAUAAGAAAAACUUGGAAAUAUUGCAAACAUUUCCAAGUUUCAUAUUAUCAUAAUUUUUAAAUGAAGAAUAUCGUUCUAUAAAGAAACUGAAACAUAAACAUUAAAUAUAUUUUCAUGCUACAAAGUACAAAAUGUUAGAUUAUUGUGUUAGAUAACUUGUUUUAAAUUAUAAAUAUAUAAACAUAUUAGUAAUUACCAUCAUCAUAAUAAUCAAUAUAGCCUGGAUAAUUCCAUGUAGCACAAAAAUGAAGAAAAAACAUAUAAUUAUAUAGAUUAUACAAAAUUAAUAAAUAACUAUUAAUUAUGUUAAUUAAUUAUUAUGAGUAGCUAUUCUAGUCAGAGGGAAGAAAUAAGCAUAAUGAUAGAAAUUAAUGAUAAAUGAUAUAAAACCUUUCUAUACAUGCAAUGUAAAGUUAGUAUGCAUGAUUUUAUAUGAUAUAAAAAUUAAAUAAAUAAUUAAAUAUUAAA